UUUCCAAUCCAUCCGAGAACCAACCCCCGAAACCAAGAAGCCCCAAUGGUCAACAUGGCGGCCGCAGCCUCCACCCACCUCUUCCUCCUCCUCGGCCUCGCCGCCUCCGCCUGGGCCUCGGCGCCGUACGUCCCGCCGACCGUGUCGCAGCUCAUGGAUCGGUUCGGCCUCCCGCGCGCGCUCCUCCCGGAGACCGCGCGGCGGUACCUCCUCCACGACGACGGCACCUUCGAGCUCUUCCUGGACGAUGGCUGCGUGGUCGACGCCGGCGGGUACCGCGUCGGCUACGACAUAAAGCUCUCCGGCACGGUGUCCCCGGGGGCGGUCACGGGGCUCAAGGGGGUGCGCGUGCGCGUGCUGUUCGCCUGGGUGCCCAUCACCGGCGUUGAGGUGGCCGGCGGGGAGGUCACCGUCCACAUUGGGCCCAUUAUGAAGUCGUUCCCAGCCGUCGGGUUUAAGUCCAGCCCCCGGUGCAUCGCCAGCUCGGCGGCCGGAUCGGAGGUGGCCGCGGCGGCCGAUGUUUAGUCACCUGGUCGCGGUUAGUUAGAACUCGGACGAGGAUUCUUGUAUUUGUAUUCUAUAAUUUUUCUACACUACUCGUAUUUCUACUGUAUUGCGUAUUUGUAUCUGGAACAUUUCAGCAGUGUAUUAGCAUACGAGUACAAUUUGCACACCACAUGAGUGCAAAUUUUAGCAUCAACGCUGAGUUGCCGCGGUGCAGCUCUGUUUUGUGCCAAGACAGAGGAAACCAAAGCAGAGCUGUUGGCUAUUAAGCACAGAUCUGUUUCGUGCCAACUGCCAAGUCUAUCUAAAAAUGUAAAGAGAUGGAAAAGUCCAGACUCGUGAGGCUCUUGCCUCAGAAUGCAUACGAUCAUUCAUCUCAAUUGACUA